UGGUGUGUCGCAAGUGAGGUGAGGACGCUAUAAGUCUCUACAGACAACACUCUUCCUAAGAUGGUGUAUAGCUGUGCGUGGCGUAGAGUGUUCCUUUGGCCAGAGUAUGGAGGGGAAACACGGCCACAGUUCAAGUGGUGGGUUCCACGGCUACGAGCAGCAGCUGCGGCGGGUUCAGGGAGAGAACGACUACCUCAGAGAGAGGAUCAAGUCGUGUGAGAGGGGCCUAGUGUCUCUUUGGCAGGUGAGCGAGCGAGUGAGGAGAGAGAAGAGAGAGAGAGAGAGAGAGAGAGAGAAGAGAGAGAGAGAGAAGAGA